UCCUUCUCCAUCAUCUCCGUCAGUGGCGUGGGAGGCGUCUGUCAAACCUGCGGAGCGUCAGUACGUCCUCUCCGGCUCCGUCGGUCCGUGUGGAGGACACUACGCUCAUCGCCUUCAGAGCAGCCGAAGUUUGGAGACGAUCCGCGGGCUUCAGCCGGGGAUUUGGUCGCUGGAAGGUUCUGUGCGUUCUCGUCUGAGGAGGAAGUUGGAUCAAACAGCCGCGCGUGCGCCGAUCCCGAGCCAUCCACGCCGCCAUGGACGCGUUAAUGAAGGGUUUCUCCAAAGCCAAGGACGGAGUCGUGGCAGCGGCGGAGAAAACCAAGCAGGGAGUGACUGGAGCGGCCGAGAUGACAAAGGAUGGGGUCAUGUAUGUCGGCACUAAAACAAAAGAUGGUGUUUCCACAGUUGCAGGUAAAACUGUGUCUGGAGUCUCUCAUGUAGGCGGAGCUAUGGUCACCGGGGUAACCGCCGUGGCCCAGAAAACUGUGGAGGGUGCCGGUAACAUUGCUGCCGCCACUGGAUUGGUCAAGAGGGAUCCGGCAAAACAAAGUGACGACGCCUCAGCGGUACAGAAUGCACUAGAGUCACCUGUUGAUACUGAUCCUGCUGAGGCUACAGAGGAAGACAGCGAUGACUGAUUGGCUCCAGAGCGUCUCAAUCAAAAACCGAAGACCGAAACAUUCCAUGUCGCACUGCCAAGUCCCGUCGUGCCUCGCUUUGGGUCUGUCAUGGAGUCUGUGCGUGAAGUCUCUGUGUUGCUGCUGGUAUCGUUCUGUUUGUCUGUUGGUUCUAGCUGUUGUAGAGACUGGGAGACGGUGCUUCUGUGUGUGGGUGGGUGGAGGUGUGUGUGUCCGUUUGUCUCUGUAUGUGAGUCCUUUGUCCCUAAAAGUGAGAAAAUCCGAUGGGGAAGUGGGAUUUAGCUUAGCAGUUCUGAAUCAAAUAUGUUAUUUUAAUUUGUUUUAAUGAUUGAUUUCAGUUAAAAUUCCCUCAAAUGCUCCAUUUAUCAAUAUAAUCCAGGUAAAUGACUGCAUCUUUGAUUCCUGUUUAGAUUAACAGAAAAAGAUUAUAUAUUGAAGAUAUAAAAGUUUUAUAACAACCAAAGUCACUUAUUUGGCAGUUUCAUUGGAAGUUAUACAAAUUAUCUAAUAUAGGAAGUUCUGACAAAAUCCUGGUAAUUUUUAAUUUUUUCAAUAAAAUGGAACAACUGAUAGCUAUUCUCUGGAAAGAAAAGCAUUUUCUUAUGCCAAACAGCAGGGGGCGUGAUGCAAAAAUGUGCUAUAAUCAUACACAAAAAGAUUUUAAAAAAUGCAUUUUCAGGUUUUAGUUGGGUUUGAUUCAGGAGUAAUUCAUAGUUUAUGAAAAAAAGUUGUUAAAAAUCGAUCAGAAGCAGCCCUGGAGCGAGCAGAAGAGCGCCCAAAAUGUACCCGUCUGUGUUGCAAAGCAGACCAAGCUGCACUGUCAGGAAGUGGCAGGAACAGUGGCAAAAAAAAUAAAUAAAACAAAACACAAAGUUGCGUUACUUCAGGGAAUUCACACACACACACACACCCAGUAUCAGCUCUUUCCUCCAUCUUGCCUUCUGUGCCUCGUGUCUCUUGGCUAUGAAAGGAUUUGAAACAGCACACCAGCAGUUCAAAUUUAAAGGAAGUGAUGUACAGGGUUACAGCCGUGCCAACAUUUUGUUUGCAUAUGCACAAGGGAAGCUGAACAUGUGACGAAGCAUUUAUCUCUGCUUCAGCUGCGAUGAAGCUAGUGUCAAACGUUUGAUCGUCAGUUAAAUUCUUCCUGACUUUGUGGUUCCAGGUGGAUUUUGAAUCUAAAUUCAUUCCGUAUGCUAAGCAGAAGAGAUGAUAAACUUCACAGGUAAAGUUUGAGUCAAGAAAUUACAAUAAACUGUGGAUGUACCGGGACCAUUCCAAUGUUUAUGCUGGCAGUGUUUACAUGGGGUUCUAGCUACACCAAAAAGUCCUAUUGCUACUUUAACAUUUUUGAUAGAGUUGACAAAGUAAUAUAGUUUAAAUAUUGACGAAUGCUAUGUCAGUUUUUUAUUAUAUAGAGAAAAAGGGGAUUAAGUUAGCCUUCCAGAACCUAGAACCAAACUGUACCAUCUUUAAGAACUUGCCUUCUGUUUUGUAUGCAACUGAAUAUUAUGACAUGAAUACGCUUAACGAGACAUUCUUAAAUGCAAUUUUAACAUACGGUGUCGUUACCCGAUGCUAGCACAGUUGGAAGAGGCUUGGUGUGAAAUGUCAAAGCAGUGCAUUCAAUUCAAUUCAAUUUAAUUCAAUUUUAUUUGUUUAGCCCAAAUUCACAACAACAGUCGUCUCAAUGGGCUUUCGUAUAGGUCAUUGAAAAAGUUAAACAUAAAAUCAAAAGGAUCAUGAAUACAUAGAAUUCAAUAGGAAAAUACUAAAUUGAACUAAUAAACUGACUAAGCCAAACUGGACAUCCCUGCCCUUAGACGCUGUAAGGAAAAACUCCUAAAAGAAAACGGAUUCCGGAAAAAACGAAGAAACCUCAGGGGUGCCCAUAUAUCCCAAAUCUUGCUCUAGACUUUUCCUUUCUAUUCCGAUACAUAAACGACUUGCCGUCGUAUAAUUCCGUCACAAACCACAAUAAUUCAUUUCUCCUUCGUGAUCAUGUUUACAACAGUUGGUACUUUGGUGUUUGGAAUAGGACGCCACCCACACAUCAUGUCCAAAUCUGAGUCCCUGAUUGGUCAAAGUUCAGCGUUUGCGCAAUUUAGCAGUCAAAAGUUUAACUAGUUCAACUACUAGCGCAAAUUCAUUGAAUGCCCGAUUUGUAUGUAGAGCCCGUGACCGUACUUCAAAAUCUAAGUAGCGGAAGCGCGAAACAUGAAAAAAUGUGCGUUGGCAUAGACGAUUUUGUGAAAGUGGUCGCUGGAAGACGCGUUUCAGAGCCUGGUAUGAACUUAGCAGAAGGACUUUUGGAUUUUUGGUUAAAUUGUCGAAAACAUAUGCAGACAAAACCUAAACUCAACACCUACUUCAUUCAUGUCGUGGAUGAUUUCCAUUUGGAAAGUGUGUCUCUAUGAGCGGAGUAAAAACAUAAUAAAUGCUUUGCAACAAGUAUAAAGAAGCACACAAAAGAACAUGUUUAGUAUUGCAGAAAACACUCGAAUUAAAAGAUUUACAAAGAGAAACAGUGUUUGGUCUUAAGUGAAAGAAGGUUUCAGGGAAUUUCCCCUCAAAGAUGAUGAAACAACAUGUGUGUGUGUGUGUGUGUGUGUGCGUGUGUUUGUGUCUUUUGUCAGCUACGUGGCUAUAACAGUAACCUAAUCAUGAAAAAACACCACAAUCUACAAACACCUAAGUGUCUCUAUAUAAGUAAAGAGUUACAUGGUUUUUAAUUUUUUUGGACACUGAUGUUCUCUGUUCUUUCUGCACAAUGUCUCUUCUUUUAUGCGAUGGACUAUGAUGUGCUAAGCUAUCUGUGAAUUCCUAUUGUAUUUUCUAGCAUGUAAUAUUUUAUUCAUGAAUUUAUUUGGACUUAAAUGUUGAAUAAAUUAUACAAGUGUGA